GCGCUGGGCGCUGAGCAGCUCGCCGCUGGCAGGCUUGCCUUUGGACGUGUUUCGCACCCUGCUGCACUGGGGCACGACUGGAUCGCUGGCGUACAGUUCCCAAGGCGUGGAGAAGCUGCGCGACGGCUUGCAGGCUUGUGGACGCGAGGAC